UUUUAUCAGUUUGAGGCAACGUUGCUUGGGGAAAAAAUGUCCGAAACUAGUUCCGAGUUCAGAAGUCAGAAGCCAAAGGGUGUUUUCUCCACUUUAGUGGCGGAUGGUGGCUGGCUGUUCCUCAAGGGAGAGUGUGAGAAGGCAGUGGAGAGCUACACCACAGCUCUCACUCUGAAGCCCGAUGACAAGAGCUGCUUUGUGGGUCGCUCCAAGUGUUACCUGAAGAUGGGUCAGUAUGACAAAGCCCUGAAGGACGCUGAGGCUUCACUCCAAGAAGACCAGACCUUUUUUGAGGGCUUGUACCAGAAGGCCGAAGCGUUAUACUGCAUGGGAGAGUUUGAGUUUGCGCUGGUCUUUUAUCACCGAGGCCGGAAGCUGCGUCCCCAAAUCCAGGAGUUCCAACUGGGCAUCCAGAAAGCACAGGAGGCCAUCGAGAACUCUGUCAGUGUCCCUGCCCACAUCAUCAAACAGAAGCUUAUUCAUGGAGACGCGUCGAAGCUCCAAAAAGACGAAGAGCAUACGAGGAAACCUCAGACCUCCAAAAUGGAGAAGACAAGCAAAAAAUAUCUGGGCGAGUUCUACGAGGACAGGAAAUAUCUGGAGAACCUUUUGAAGGAUGAAGACUUGGUGAAAGGGAGGACAAGGAGUGGCGAACAACUUCAGGAUGUCAUCCAGAGCUGCCUCACCUACUUGGACGACUGCGCUGAGUUCUGGAACCAGCAGAAGCCCAGAAGUUCUGCGGCGAAAGACCCCCGGCUCCUGCAGAACAAGCGGGUUGAGACCCGCCCUCGUGCCCCCUCGCAACCUGCACACUUUCUGCUGAAGAGCCUGGAGGACAUCAAUGCAGAUUUGGCGUCGGGAAAGACCAAAAGGGGUCUGAAGAAGGCUCGGGCGGUCUUGCAGACAGUUCAGGGAUGGUCGGAGAAGGUUGUGCCGGACAAAGAUGAGGUUCUGGGAAGCCUGCACAGCUGCAUGGGGAAUGCUUUGGCGGACCUGGGCGAGACGGAGAAAGCGCUGGAACACCACCAGAAAGACCUGGACCUGGCUGAGAAGUGGAACCUUCCUCAUGCAACAUCCAGAGCUCUGGAAAACCUGGCAAGCAUCUACACCACCAUGGGGAGCUUCACGCAGGCCAUGCAGUGCUGGGAGAAGAAGAUCCCGUUGGUCCAAGGCGGCGUGGAGAAAGCCUGGCUCUUCCACGAGAUCGGCCGCUGUCACCUGGAGCUCCGCGGGCACGAGGAGGCCCGAGACUUCGGCCUGCGUUCGGUUGCGGCGGCCGAAGAAAGCGGCGACGAGAAGUGGCAGCUCAAUGCUCACGUUUUGGUGGCACAAUCAGAAGGAAAACUUGGGAAUUUUGAGUCGUGUGUGUCACACUACCAGCGAGCUUUGACGCACGCCAAGCUGCAAGAAGACGCCGCCGCCACGGUCGCCAUUCAAAAGGCUAUUGAUGAAACAAAGCAGCUGUGAAGAUAAAGACAUCUCCUGAGACAUAUUCUCCACUUAUUUCUGGAACUCUGAUGUUCAUAAUGCUUGCGGAGCCUACUUCACAAUACAUCUUAUAUAAAAUCACUAAUUACUUGGCUUGGCUAGUGCACAAGAUGACGCAAUUCAUUCUUCUUAAUUGAUCCUUACCCAUUCUGAGAAUGUAUUGCAUGUGUUCAAAUCUUCCUGGCCUUGUGUUUGACGCGUUUAGCCCUGCACAAUUCAACAUGUGGCCUUAAUCCCAGCCCUGUUUUCGUGACCCAGCCAUUGCUAUUUCCUGUGUUUUAAUGUUAGAAUUUAAUCACGUUUUUUUGUCCAGACGAU